AUCGAAAACCUUGCUUGUUAUUUUGCUGGCAAAGAAGCUUGGGAGACAAUUUUCCCGGAAUCGCUGCUGUGCCUUAACAAAACCGGUAUGUUAUUUUAUAUUGAUUUUGUGCUAAACACCUUCCGAAUCGUGCUUACCGAUACCUUGUAUCUGGACAUGCCGAAAGAUUCGGAUCUGACCGAUUUCGUGCCCGACGAGCUGUGCCUACUUUGUGAUCGACAGCGACAGGAGCUGGCAGCUAACCUCAGGGAAAGGCAGCUACUAAUGUGCGAGUCGGACUCCGGUGUUUGUUCGUCGGCAUCACCACCAACUUCACCUCGUGCUUCACAGCCUGUGCCAUCAGCUUCGACUGAAGCGACACUACUGGGAAUGACGAAUCUGUAUGAAAGGACUCGUGAAGCAAUUAUGAGAAUGCAGGCUGCUCAGCAAUGUGAGUUUUAG